AUGCGGCUUUUAUUUACUGACCCGCGCGAUGAGGUAAUUCCUCAAGCUUAUGUCGUACGUAACAAUCGUAGUUAUAUCGGUAGUGAUGGCAGUCGUAUACCCGUAGAUAGGAGUGGUGGGAGUAUACCCCGCAGCAGCUGGCGGCAGUAUACCCCGCAGCAGCUGGCGGCAGUAUACCCCGCAGCAGCUGGCGGGAGUAUACCCCGCAGCAGCUGGCGGCAGUAUACCCCGCAGCAGCUGGCGGGAGUAUACCCCGCAGCAGCUGGCGGGAGUAUACCCCGCAGCAGCUGGCGGGAGUAUACCCCGCAGCAGCUGGCGGGAGUAUACCCCGCAGCAGCUGGCGGGAGUAUACCCCGCAGCAGCAGCUGGCGGGAGUAUACCCCGCAGCAGCAGCUGGCGGGAGUAUACCCCGCAGCAGCAGCUGGCGGGAGUAUACCCCGCAGCAGCAGCUGGCGGGAGUAUACCCCGCAGCAGCAGCUGGCGGGAGUAUACCCCGCAGCAGCAGCUGGCGGGAGUAUACCCCGCAGCAGCAGCUGGCGGGAGUAUACCCCGCAGCAGCAGCUGGCGGGAGUAUACCCCGAAGCAGCAGCUGGCGGCAGUAUACCCCGCAGCAGCGGCUGGCGGGAGUAUACCCCGCAGCAGCUGGCGGCAGUAUACCCCGCAGCAGCAGCUGGCGGCAGUAUACCCCGCAGCAGCAGCUGGCGGCAGUAUACCCCGCAGCAGCUGGCGGCAGUAUAUCCCGCAGCAGCUAGCGGGAGUAUACCCCGCAGCAGGUGGCGGGAGUAUACCCCGCAGCAGCAGCAGCUGGCGGGAGUAUACCCCGCAGCAGCAGCUGGCGGCAGUAUACCCCGCAGCAGCAGCUGGUGGCAGUAUACCCAGCAGCAGCUGACGGCAGUAUACCCCGCAGCAGCAGCUGGCGGGAGUAUACCCCGCAGCAGCUGGCGGCAGUAUACCCCGCAGCAGCAGGUGGCGGCAGUAUACCCAGCAGCAGCUGGUGGCAGUAUACAAGAGACACAAUAUACAAUAACCACAUAUGCUCGUCUCCACCUGGAAAUUCCUUUACAUUUUUGCCAUUAG